AUGAGUUCUUCAUCAAGCUCUCGCGAACCUUCACCAUCUAUGAAACAAACUUUACCAAACGAUUAUGGAGCACCUAUUGAAUAUUUCUUACGAGCUGCACAAUGGCAAAGAGCAGUCUCACCAAGGUUAGGUGUUCCACCAGCUCCUGUCAAAAAUAGCAUUUGGUCAAGUCCUUAUAUAAGAUAUGGUCUCCCACUAGGUUUGCUAGCUACAGCAGGAGCAGUUAUGAUGUUGAAAAGAAAUAAAGCAAAUGUUGUAAAUAAUACUGAAGUAGCUGAAGUUAAACAAACUCCAACACCUUCACAAGCAAAACCUUCAAUGGGAACUCGACAGGUACUCACAUUCGUGUUCGUAAAAAUAGAAGAAAGUAUACAAGAGAAUAUUAUGAAGUUUUAG